GGACGUGACACCGAGAACAAAUAGAAAUAGAUUUCCCAGAAACUUUUGGAUCGUAGAUGUAAUUCUUUUUACUAAAUCUUUUUCUUCUGUAUUAUAGGAGAAAUUUUAUCCCCGUGUAGUUGUAUUGGUGACGAGGCAACGAGCUGGUAGGAUUUUGUUUCGUGUUUUUCCUCGAAGCCAAAUGGAAGACGCUUGCAAAUCAUUAAAGAGUGUAGUCUAACGCUGAAGAAACGUUAGGGGGAAAAUCAUCUCAAAAACCCGAGUUACGUUCGACCCAUACACCUCACCCUGAGUCCUUUUAGCCAGUCCAGUUGUGGUGUUGACGCUGAAAGGUCUAGAGCGUAUCCGAUAAGACAGAAGGUGUUGAGCAGAAGGUGUGGAGCAGCAGGUGUGUGGCGGCAGGUGUGUGGUGACUCAUGGGACGAAUGCUAAAGAAAACCUCCAGGGGGGCGCUGACGGUGAUGGCUACCUUCUGCCUCCUGAACCUCAUCUCCACUCCACAGCAUCAGCCUCCUGCAGAGGAUGAGUGUGGCGGAGGAGAACAGAGGCGGGAAAGGCAGGAACUACUGGACAAACUACACGGCCGAGUGGAGCGUCUGCCUGGAGACAGCCUGAAGGUGGACCUCAUACGACCAUCGUGGCAGCCGUGGCGUAACGACCACAACUGCGCCAGCUACCACACUAGGUUCGGCCGUGGGUUGUCACCUGUCCUGUUGGUGUCAAUGCCAUGUUCGGGCAGCACCUGGCUCCGAUACCUGCUGGAGAGUAGCACCGGGUUCUUCUCCGGUUCCAAAUACAACGACACCAUACUAUACAAAGCUGGAUUCUUAGGGGAGUAUGAAGGGAUGGAAGGAGGGAGGACUAUCAUACAAAGGACUCACGGAGCCUCCUAUUUCCUUGCUGAUACCCACGACCUGCAGGACCGAUACGAGAAGGUCGAUCCUGACGUGCCCACUAUCCUACUCCUGCGUCACCCUGCCAAGACCCUUAUCUCACACUGGAGGCUCUUCCACCUGGCCGGCUCCAACAAACACCUCGACGAUGUCCCUGUGUCUAUAUACCAGAGCGAAGACUUCCAUGAUUUCGUGAGUGAGGCAACGUCGCUAUGGGAGGAGCUGGCGUCUGAUCGUUUGUUGUGGUGUAACCGACCACUAUACGUCCUUCACUACGAGGACUUGGUGGCCAACACAACCCACCACCUCCGCCAGCUGCUUGACUUCCUCAGUGUACCUGUAGACGAGGGGAGGUUCACCUGUGUCGCCUCCCACCUGGAUGGUUCCUUCAAGAGAAACACCACGAGACACUUCGAUCCCUUCACGGAGGAUGAGAAGGUGAGGUUUGUCAACGCCGUCAAGAGGAUCAACAGACUCCUGACGGUGCUCGGGUAUCCACAGCUCCCCGGCAGUAGCGACCACAGUGACUGAGUGAACGUUAGGUGGAUUAAAUAGCUCAAGAAAAAAAGCGGGAAAAUUAAUAAAAUGAGCGCGCGCGCGCGCGUGUGUGUGUGUGUGUGUGUGUGUGUGUGUGUGUGUGUGUGUGUGUGUGUGUGUGAGUCUUUUGAGAGAAGUAACUUGAAAAGAUGUAUUUAAAGUUUGUUAUGAAAAAUACAUUAUGUAAAUAUUAGUAACUUUAGAGUUUAUGAAAUAGUUAUAUAUUUAUUAUAAUCUAGUGAAAGUAAUCAAGACUGUACAUUUUAAAUUAAUAUACUUUGAUUUCAUAAUGUAUAAUUUGUAAGCAUAUAUGUAAACUUAUACGUACUUAUAAAAUUAUACAUAUGAAUACCACAUUUCAGCAGAUAUAGACAUGAACCCUAAUGUAACUCAAACCUAAUUACCUCUAACUUAACUUGACCUACCCUAACUCAGUCCCUUUUAGCCCUAACUUAACCUAUAGCCCUAAGGACGGGAGGUAAUAAUAAUUUUCUGGGUACUACAUUACAGUACAACCACACUAAGACGGGAAGGUCCUUGUUGAGUUUGAUUGUAAAUACAUUGUACUGGUAA